AUGGCAGCCUCCGAGACUGUUAGGCUACGGCUUCAAUUUGAUUACCCGCCGCCAGCCACCCCGCACUGCAUGGACUUCUGGCUUCUUGUCGACUUGAACAGAUGCCGGGUAGUCACGGAUCUCAUUAGUCUCAUCCGCGAGCGCUUCGGCUUCAGUUCCGGGGCCCCCCUCGCCCUCUACUUGGAGGGGGCGCUUUUGCCCCACGGCGAGAGCGGGCGCCUGGUACGAGACAACGAUUGCCUCAGAGUUAAAUUAGAAGACAGAGAAGUUGCUGAGAAUCCUGUAAUAGUCAGUAAUGGUGAUAGUACUCAUUUCUUACCUAGAAAAGCAAAGAAGCGGUCGUUUAGGUUGGAGGAGGAUGAAGAAACUGAUUACAGAAGUUCAAAGAAGCACUGGAAGAGACAACAGGAUGAUAACGAGAAUACCUUGGAUAUAGAACCUAAAACUGUCACAGAUGAGAAAGUGAGGAAAAAAAACAAGAGGAAAAAGAAAGCUCCAUGUGUCGUCGUAGAUGAUGAUGUCGGAGAGACAAAAAGAAAAUCACCAAAAAAGAAGAAGAAGUGUGUGUAUAGAAAACAGAAGAGUCCCAAGUCUUCUAAAGCACAGACAGGGAAAGGGUGGACUGUUGAGAAGUGUAGUCCUCCAAAAGGUUCUGCUAGAAACAGCCUGGUUAAAGCCAAGAGCAAAGGUGGUAUGGACGUUCAUACAGAAGAUAGUCCCAGUUCCUCCUCAGAGUCUGAGUCUUGUCAUGAGUCAACCAGUGAUGGUCUAAGAAAUGUCAUCUUGGAGGUCAGAAAGUCCUCAGAGAAAGUGUCAACUGUAUUGUCAGUGGAAGGGCCCUCUAUAAAAAACCCAACUGCAAACAAAGUAGCUAUAGAAACUGGCUCUAACUCUGCCCUCAUCGAGGACGAGACUGUCAGAACAUCAUCUAGUUCAGACUCUGGUUCAGAGUCAGAUGACCAGUGCAUGGUGUCAAAGAGCCCCUUGGGGAAGGGUGCCGGGCUCUUAAAGACAGUAGGCCUGUUUCCAGGAAGAGGUCCAGGUCUGGGGUCUUCAUCACAGACUGCAAAUGCUACAGGAUGGAAGCACUCUGACUCCAAUGGUGGCAAACAGGCUCCUGGUCCUCCUCCCAACGUGACUCUCCCUGCCGGUUUGGGAAGAGGUUGGGGUAGAGGAGAGGACCUUCUUUCUUGGAAGGGAGUUAGGGGUCGGGGCAUUCGGGGGAGAGGUCGAGGAAGAGGGCUUGCUGUUCCUCAUGUUUUAAAUAGAGAUACUGAAUAUCAGAAGCAGCAGCAUUUAAAUGAAAUGGUAACAAACUCAUCUACUGUUAUCCAGAAUCCAGUAGAGACACACAAGAAGGACUACAGUCUGUUACCACUGUUAGCAGCUGCUCCCCAAGUUGGAGAAAAGAUUGCAUUUAAGCUUUUGGAACUAACAUCCGAUUAUUCUCCUGAUGUCUCUGACUACAAGGAAGGAAAAAUAUUAAGCCACAAUCCAGAGACCCAGCAAAUAGAUAUAGAGAUUCUUUCAUCUGUACCUGUUUCAGUCGUGAAAGAACCUGGGAAAUUUGAUUUGGUUUAUCACAACGAAAAUGGAUCUGAGGUAGUGGAGUACGCCGUGACACAGGAGAGAAAGAUCACUGUUUUUUGGAGACAGUUGAUUGAUCCAAGACUGAUCAUUGAAUCUCAGAGUAACAGGACAUCAAGUACAGAGCUUGCCUGACUAGGACCUGUCCACCUCAUAGUUUAUAAAUGCCUUGUUUGUGAAAGUGACUACAACCUGAACUUAAAAAAAAGCUUUUUGAAAGUUGUAUGCAUUUUUUAUCUUCACUUUACUGCAUAGGACAGAAUAUCUACCUCAUUUUAAAUAACAUGGGUGUGUUGCUUUGUAGACCUUUUUUCCCCGUGUUAAAUUUUAGUAACAAAAUUUAAAACAUGACAUUCCCUGCUGGCAUUGUUAUAUACCAGUCUGUAUGGUUUCUUCUGUUUUAUUGUAUUUUUGACCAUCAAGUAGCCAUUGUCAGAAGCAGUUUAUAAUACCAAGUACAAGAAAGUGCUGCAUAUUUUGUCUCAGUAAGGUUUAUUAAGUAACAUUUUAAAACAUGAAAGCAUGUUACUUGACUUAAUUUUUUACAUUUGAGUUCUGUUAAAUGUGGAACCUCUAAUAAAUUUCAAGUAUUUUAUCCUUGUAAUUGUCAAGAAUUGACGAGUAGUUGGGUUUGUUGCAGGCAGUGAGUUAAGAAAUCCUUUCACAUUUUUCUUAACUUGCAAGUGACGGCUCCUCAGGGCGUGUGGAGCAGUGAGAAUCAGCUGGUGUGCGCGGGGGAGAACUCCCGUGUCACUCGGUGGGAGGCUUUCCUGUGCGCUCAGACCGAAUGUCUCUCGCUGUAAGAGUCCAAGCACCUGGCUGAGUGUGCUGCAGUGAGGGUCUUGAACAGAAACUUCCUUUCCUGUUGUUAUUCCACACAAAGCUAAAAUGACAAACUAUUCUGUGAAAAUUGCUUUCUUUUAACAAAAGAUGAGAUCCCUCCUUCAGCUUUGCAGGUUUUUAAAUAAAAUCAUAUUGAAUGAAACAUCCAUGCCGAGUCAUCACAUUUAGUUGAGUAUUACGAAUCUCUAGUGUUUCUUUCUUUCUUUUUUUAACAAUAAUGCGAGAGAUUCAGGUUUUCUGGAACAAGAAGGGUUGCCUUGACUGAAGGGCGUGGUGUUGCAAAGUUUAGUCGAACAGAGUUUGUUAGA